AUGGUCCUGUUAUUACGAUAUAUUUGGCAGCAUUCUUUGACAUGCUCUCUCGUCCCCAUCAAUUUGGCGAACACGAGCUUUUCUGGCAAACGAGCGGCUCAUCUACCCAUCCAGGCCAUCCCUAAAUGGGUACAAAUAUUGUCGUGCAUUUUUCAAAUAGAGAUUGAUUCGCACACGACUCAGCGAUAUCGCCCAUCAACUGUCAAUUUUCAACAAUGGCCGUCCAAACCCCAAAGCAGCGAGCUGCCAACGACAAGUUCUACAAGGCUCAAGAGAGAAAAAUGGGCAAACCCAAGAAGGUUGCCAACAAGAGUUCUGCUCCAGUAUCAAGGACAUGGGUCUGUAAGUAUUACGUUUAUUAAGCUCGAUUAUCUUCUACUGACACUGUUAAAAGGGGUGCUUGUGUUUUUGCUGAUUGGUGGUGGUGUUCUAGAGCUACUAAGGUUGUUCUUUUGA